AUGGCCUCCUCAAUACCGGCUUCUCAGAGCGAGCACACCAAAAAGCUCUUUCCACCUCCUGCUAAGUUACUGCCGACGAACCCUGAGGGCGUUGGUCGAACAGACUACUAUCGCUCCUGUACGUACGAACGCAAACAAAGAUCCCGAGGCCGGCCUCCUGGAAGGGCUUCUAGACAACGGCCGCGCGAGCUUGUUGCCCCUGAGCUUGCAGAAGUAACGCAGCCAGGAGCUUCUGAUCCACCUCUUGCGUCUAUCCAGCAAGACGUCUCUCGGGUCUCAUCAGGCGCAUCAACUAUCGAGCCAGAUUCUCAGAAUGCUAUGCAGAGUAGUGCCGCCUGGGUGAGUGAAUCGUUCGUGGCAGCUUCGCUACCCUCAAGUCUCCCAACAAAUCCAUUCAGUCAGAUGGCCGAAGUUGUGGAGAUUUGCCCAGAAAAUGCCACCUUCGGUCGUUCUCAACCUUGGGAUUCUCCCCUGAAUUUUCCUGAUUUCCUCGUGCGUCAAGAUUCAACGGCCCAGUCCUCGAUCUGUGAGGCAGACGGAAGCGUUUCUCUUAAGUCAGCCCGAGAGGACUCAGUGAACGGAUACGUUGAAUUAUCGGAUGGCUCAGUAGGAUCUUCCAGAGAGUCAUGUUUGGUAUAUCCCUACACUAUCCUGCGACCAAUACUACCUCAUGUGAGCCAUGUCAUAUCGCCAUAUGAGGCGUCCGACUUGCUUGAUUAUUUCUUCAACGACCAAGGCCUCACAAGUUUCCAGACCCGCUCUCCAUAUAAUUUGGCUACCAUUUUCCGCAAAGAAUCAAUCCUGCGACUUAAAGAGCCUCGCCCAACCUCCGCCGCGCUACUUGCGGCGAUCCUCUUUGUGGCUGCUCAAACUUGCGACGAAAAAGUCUUUCACAAUCGCAACUUUCUUAGGGCGAGAAUAUGUGAUGAGUUACUUGCAAUCACCAUACAACUUCUUGGUGAUGCGGCGCCCGAGGUGAAUUCUAUGAGGCUUUACAAUUCCUCAGGGACUGUUCGAUGCGCUUCGAACUUGGAAUUUCCGGAUGCUGCUCACUCUGGUACAGCCACCUGGCGCUCAGCCUCGACCUCGCGCCACAAGGGUAACAACGAUCGUAUAAAUGGCGACUUCAACCUAGAUCAUGUCGUUACUUGCAUUCUCUGCGGAAUAGUACUCUCUGGCAGUGACCUCAAAUUCGAAUGCUUGAUGUGGUUCGAGAAGGCGAGAAUGAUGGCCUUGAUCCUUGACCUGAACCGAGAGAAGGACGACCAACUUCCAGUACAGCAGGGUGCAUCGUUGACUCGGCGGAAAGUGAUUUCACGCGAGGAACGAAAGGAAGAGCGAAGAAGAACAUGGUGGUUACUCUACGCAAUGGAUCGACAUCUAGCUUUGUGUUACAACGUGCCGCCCCAAAUUUUGGAUACCAAGUGUCAAAUUUAUCAACCCUUGGAGGAUGAAAAGUGGCAAAACCUGGAACUCCACCUCAGUGAUGCUCAAUCUCCACGGCGCCCAUUUGGUCCUCCAUCUGAAAUUAGCGGGAUGGGUUUCUUUGGGUUUUUCCUACCGUGCAUGGUAGUUCUGGGCGAUAUCGUCGAACUCCAUCAUCUCCGGCUCAAUCCUCGCUAUUCCUCCUUUGAAUCCGAAUCAUUUGAGAAAAUUGUGGAGAGUGCGUUACAACAGCUAGUGAGGUCCCUGUCCUGUCUUUCUGCUGGUAAUCAAGCUCUCGAUGCCACAGAAGCUUCUUCGGCGCUACUGCACAAGCACAGCGAUUCCAACGCAAUCCAAGUCGUCACAUCAUACAGCACAUUUCUAGUCAAUGUGCUGGCUAUUCUGACCUAUGGUGAAUGGGAUGCCAUCACCAUGUUGCAACCAAAUUCAUCGAAGCUGCAUGGCGCUCGUUUGGCCCAGCUUUCCCAUUACACUAGCCUCACUUCUCAGGCGAUGGAAGAAAUUCUCGAGUGUGACCCUGAACUGACAUUUAUGCCAUACCUACUUGGGAUUUACAUUCUUCAGGCUGGAUUUGCUGUUCUCGCAGUCGCUGAGAGAACCGACAAUCCUGCAGGCAGUGCAAUUUACAAUGGUCUCGAAACAUUCAUUCGGGCCCAUGAGUCGUGUAUUGUGACGCUUGAUACGAAAUAUCAGCUGAUUGAAGCCAGAGAAAUUUCCGCAAAGUCUUUACGAGGCACACUGAAUAUCCUGAAAGGGAUUGGUACUCUGCACCUAGCAGAAUACCAGGCGCGAAGGCAAGAAAUUUUGUCUUUGCACCGUUGGAAUCUGGAUGGAAAUGGUCUGCUUAUAUAG